UUCAAAACCAACAAAAUCUAUUCGGUUGGCGGCCAAUCGGGUAGGAGUGUUACAUGUCUAGUUUUAUUGCUAUUCCGUUGGGAGCAGUGCAUGUGGGGAUGGACUCUCCAUUAAAAGGAGCUGGAAACUUGGUGAGAAGUUUGCUGUUCAACUAUGAUGAUAUGAAAAAGAAGCUGAUGGAAUCAACCUUUGCUAACGGAUAUCUGACAAAAAACCACAUCCUAGUCGAAGAAGGUUUUUCUAGAGAAUUGACGAGCAAUUCUACUAAUUUUCCUGAGGAACCCGAAAUCUUUCUUAAGGGACCCGAAAAGUUCCUAAUAUUGGAUGAUUUGACGGGAAGAGGUUAUAAGCAUUUUGAGGUCUGCUCUGACAUCAGAGAAUGCCUUGACCGAAGGGCUCCUUGGUCCCAUGAAGGUGGAUGUCCGGGUGGAUCAUCCCUAAGCCGCUGUGUGCACAUUUUUGAGAGCUCUCAGAGAUGAUAAUGGAAGGUUUUGUUGAGGCUUAGAGAAUACCAAUUUUGUAGUCCACAAUGUGGAGUUUUAUUCUUCACAAAACUGUUUUGGAUACUGGUAGUUCUAAUCUUUGUGUGCCCGUGUCAUGACCAAUAUUUUGUGAGUUUUUUUUGUUCAAUUUAGCUGUUUCGAAAGGUUGUGGCCCUUUCUGUGUGUA